AUGGAAUAUUUUGGAAGAUAUAUGGAUUUUAUUAACUACAUCGAAAGCUUUACAGAUGUUAGAACACGUGGAUGGUUCAUGGUAAACAACAGCAACGUCAUCAUAUUGACAACAGUUGCUUAUUUGUUGCUAGUUAGACUGGGGAAGAGAAUUAUGAAAAAGCGACAACCUUUUCAACUGAAAAAGAUCAUUUUGAUCUACAACAUUUGUGUCGCCAUUGCUAGUGCCUACAUCAUGUACGAGUUGUACAUGAGUACGACUCUUCUUAAGUUCUCAUGGUUCUGCAGUUUCAAAAAACCCAUGGAUGAUUCAGAUCCAAAUGAAAUGCGUUUAGCUACCGCAAUUUGGCUCUACUACCUUACAAAAUACGUCGAAACUUUGGAUUCAUUCUUUUUUGUUUUGCGUAAAAAGAAUAAUCAACUGUCGGGUCUGCACCUGUAUCAUCACUCAAUGAUGAUUCUAUAUGCUGGAUUGACUGUUAAAUGGUAUCCAGUUGAAAUGACAUAUUCACCUUGCAUGAUUAAUUCUGGUGUCCAUGUUAUCAUGUACAUCUAUUAUGGAUUAUCAACUCUUGGACCAAGUGUUGCCAGGUACCUUUGGUGGAAGAAGUACUUGACGUUGAUUCAAAUGGUAGGACCAACACACUAAGAAAAAAAACCUAAAAAGUUGAAUUAACUUCACGAAUAUCGAUAUAAUUA